UCUACUGUCCGUCUCUUCUUGAUUUCUUCAGGCUUCUUCUUCACCGUCUUCUUCUUGCCUUCACAUCCAGGACCUGGCGAGCUACCAACACUUUCAUUUUGCGUUACUUCGGUGCUUUCUCUCUCUCUUUCUCUCUUUCUUCACUCCUUGUACCUCUGUCUUGCUACCUUCCUCCCUUGCUGACCACUCAGUCCACUAUCUCUAUCUCUCUCCUUCUGCCAUUUACUCACUUGUACCUCCUCUGGUUGCAUUCAUCUCUCUCUCUCUCUCUCUUUUGUUUCGAGCAACUGUCGGUUAUGGAAGGAGCGUUUUAGUGGGUGUUGCGGUGUGGGGAUCGAGAAGGGCGGGAGGGACAGCAUCUCUGCAGGUGGCAUCGCGUUGGUUCUGAAGUGACUGCAGUUCUCGUUCUUUCUUCUCUACGGGGGCGGAGCUCCGGGGACUGUACGGCAAUGGCGGAGGAGUUGCAGAGACUUGGUCCUCUCUUUCUUUUUUGUAUUUUAGGGAGUCCCGUGUAGGAGAUCAUUUUUGGUGGAAAGACUGAGCGGAAAAAGAUAUUGGCCUUUUCCCAACAUUAAACCCCAUGCUUCCCCAACUAAGCAUUCGUCUGGUGCAUAACUUUUAGAAAAGACGAGUGCCUGAGCCUUCUUGCUUCUCGUGGCUUUGGCGGAUACUAGCUUCAGAUUCUAGAGGGGAAAGGUUUUGUGUAGUCCCAUUCAGUCGACUAGAAUCUGCAGAUUUCGGCGAUCUUCUCUUCGUUUAUUCUGAAACCCGCUAUUGAAUAGCAUUUGUAUACACCCCCACUCCCCGGGUCUGAAACUUCGAAGAGUUCCGGCCUUCUAAUGGCUCGGACUCUCCUUCAGACCUCGAGCUCGUCUUCGCCCGUUGUUGAGAACGUAGAGAGCAGAAAGGAGAGCGUUGCUCUGGUUAUCAUCGUCGUAUUAGCCGCCUUAGCAGUCGUUUCGCUGUUCGUGGCGUUCAGCUACUACUGCUACAUUCGCAACAAGGUAGCCAAGCGGCGUAAGAACCAAAAUGGCAAGUGCGAGAGUGCGUGCUCUGCAAAUGCACGAAUCAUAACCACUGAAAACGGGCUGGAGAGGUUUACUUUCAAGCAGCUUCAUGCUGCUACAGGAGGGUUCAGCACCAGCAAUGUCGUUGGCCAUGGUGGUUUCGGCUCAGUGUACAAGGGCGCGCUUCUGGACGGGAGGAGGGUUGCUGUUAAAUCGAUGGAUCGAUCAGGAAAACAAGGAGAAGAGGAGUUCAGAAUGGAGGUUGAGCUGCUAGGCCGCCUGCAUUCACCAUAUCUUUUGGCUUUGGUUGGGUAUUGUUCUGACAACAAUCACAAAUUGUUGGUUUAUGAUUAUAUGGCAAAUGGGAGCUUGGAGGAGCAUCUGUAUCCAACUGAAGGUUCCAGAGGUGGCAUUUCGAAGUUGGAUUGGGGAACUAGGUUGAGGAUAGCUCUUGAAGCUGCAAAGGGUCUUGAAUAUCUUCAUGAACAUGUUAAUCCACCUGUGAUCCACAGAGAUUUUAAGAGCAGCAAUAUCCUCCUGGACAAGAACUUCCACGCAAGAGUGUCAGAUUUUGGUUUAGCUAAGCUUGGUUCAGAUAAAGUUGGAGGCCAUGUCUCAACACGAGUCCUAGGAACCCAAGGAUACGUGGCACCCGAGUACGCGCUAACUGGGCAUUUGACAACCAAAUCAGAUGUAUAUAGCUAUGGUGUUGUUCUUUUGGAGCUAUUAACUGGAAGAGUUCCUGUUGACAUGAAAAGAGCUGCUGGUGAAUGUGUUCUGGUUUCAUGGGCUUUGCCAAGACUCACAGACAGGGAGAAAGUUGCAGAGAUCAUGGAUCCAGCAUUGGUAGGACAGUACUCACUGAAGGAAGUUGUUCAGGUGGCAGCCAUUGCAGCAAUGUGUGUGCAGUCUGAAGCAGAUUACAGACCUUUAAUGGCAGAUGUUGUUCAGUCACUGGUCCCACUUGUGAAGCAUCGCAAAGCCACAUCAAAGGUUGGAAACUCUCCUGGUCUUCAUAGUCCAAGAUCUGCCGCUGGUUCUGAUGCUGGUACUCCCAUCUAGUCACAGAUAUUCUAAUGCCUAACUUUCUGAACAAAAUCAAGCUCUGUAUCGUGAAAUUUUGUUCUAGAACUAGCACCUUGGUUCUUUUUCUGUUUCCUUCAUUUCUUCUCCUUUUGAAGCUGUAGCGUGACUUCUUAAAUGGUAGUGAUUAUAGCUUUGGAGUUCACUCUGCUUCACGACAUAGUGUCAUGAUGAGGUUUGAACCCCAUAAUUCUUAUGUUA